AUUGAUUAAAAUUUAUAUAAAAAUAUAUAUUUAUAUUCCAUUUUAUAGGAGGUUUAAAAUAUUCACGAACAGUCCCUAUUGUAGUAGUUGUUGAUAAAUAACUGAUAUUCAACUAAAUCAUGUCUUUCAACCAAGAAAAUAAAGUGUUAUUAGUUUUUUUUUUUAUUAAAGAUGAAGUCUCGUUUACUAACGACAACAUUCAAUAUGUUUGUAAAUCUAUUUCAUUCAUUAUUUCAUAUAAACAAAAAUCAAUAAAUUCCAAACCGAUAAAAAUCGAUUGUGAUAUUUGAUUGAAUAAAGGGACGAUUGUGUUUACAUAGAGUCAAUCCCUAGCCUAGACCUCCGCCCCGCGCACGUUGCUCAUACCACCAUUUGGUUCCUAAAAACGUUUGUGCGCAGCCUUCUGCGCGAAGUUCGGACUCGCCAAGUUACGUCGGUCGUAUUGUACUUUGUUGUUGUUGAAUAAAUGUGAUAUCGUGCGAGACGGUCGACAAAAAUAUAUCGCACGCAUUCAUAGUAGUACACUGUUUUUUGUUGUGGUUUGUUUAGUGCUAAGAUUGAAACGGAGUGAGUCGCACGGCUCGUCGUGAUAACAAUAUUUACUUUUUGUUACAAUAUUGUAUCAUUUUAAUCUUAUAUGUGUUUUAUAACUGUUUCAAGUAGUGCAUCAAAAAUUAAAUUGUUUGGAAACUGUCUGUUAUUUGCUUGACGUGAUCUGAGGAACAAAGUCUGGAGAAUGUUGUCGAAGAAUUUCAUAAAAAGAUGGGUUCAAAGUUCGAAGUUAAUUCGUAAGCAAAGCGUUUGGAGUGCUGAUAAUGUGAUAAGUUCUCCGUAUAGAGACGUGGAAAUACCUAACAGUACGCUAUACGAAUAUGUAUGGAAGAACUUGGAGAGAUGGCCCGAGAGGACUAUGGCGGUCUGCGCCACCACAGGCCGUGGGUACACAUACGAGCAAGGUUUCAAACUUUCUAACACGUUCGCAGCAAACCUUAGAAGGAAGUUCCAAGUCCGCGAUGGAGACGUCGUGGCUGUGAUGCUACCAAACAUCCCAGAUUUUCCCCUUGUGACCAUGGGAAUAUUAGAAGCUGGAGGCAUUAUAACAUCUAUAAACCCGAUUUAUACAGCGCAUGAAGUCCAAAGGCAACUUGUAUUAUCCGAAGCCAAAAUCGUGGUUACAUUGCCGGAGACAGUGGCCAUUAUAAAGGAGGCUUGUAAGAUGGCCAAAAUAGAUCUUCCAAUCAUAACCAUAAAAACAAAUGGAGAGGUGACACAGGAAGGAACAGUACUCUUCAACGAUUUGACGGAAGACGUACACGUGGACAAAUCCUGUUUGAGGGAGGUCAGGAGGAGUGCAAGCGACGUCUGCUUCCUUCCGUACUCGAGUGGAACAACCGGCCUUCCAAAAGGCGUCGAACUUACUCACAGGAAUUUGAUUGCAAAUUGUGAACAGGUUAAUGAACCGUUGAUCGCGUGCCAUAAUGAGACAACUGAAACACAUCAGGACAAGGUGCUGGUCGUUCUACCUCUGUUCCACAUCUACUCGGCAUCAGUGCUGAUGUUCCACAAGAUGGCCCAAGGAGCGAAAUUGGUGACCGUCAAGAAGUUCACUCCUGAAGACUACUUCAAAGCAAUCGAAGGCUACAAAACCAAUCUGUUGUUUGUUGCUCCUCCGUUAAUGUUUCUGAUGGCAUCGCACCCGGCAGCCACGGAGAAGUCUCUUCGGUACAUCGAGGUGUUGGUGUCGGGCGCCGCGCCUCUCUCCGCCUCCGACACUCACAGAUUCUUUGAGAAAGCUAACAAAAAAAUUGAUUUCCGUCAAGGGUACGGGUUGACGGAAACAUCGCCUACGAUCUCAUUGACUCCUAAAGGCUGCAAGAAGAACUACGAUGCGACUGGACCUCCCAUACCCAGCACUCGGCUCAGGAUCGUCGACAACGACCUCAAUAAUAUCGGGCCUAAUCAGACUGGCGAGAUCCUGGUGCACGGCCCGCAAGUGAUGCGAGGAUACAAGAAUAACCCGCGAGCCAACGAGGAGGUGUUCACCGCGGACGGCUGGUUCAGGACCGGAGACCUGGGACACGUGGACGAGGAGGGAACGCUGACCAUCGCUGAUCGACUCAAGGAACUUAUCAAGGUCAAAGGAUUCCAAGUGCCACCAGCCGAGUUGGAGGCCGUCCUUCGUUCUCAUCCGUCCGUCAACGACGCUGCGGUCAUAGGCGUCCCGCAUCCAACCAAAGGGGAGACCCCGAAAGCAUUUAUAUCCCUAAAACCAGGGUUCAACGAUAACUCUGAAGAACUGAAAGACUACGUCCGAGAGCGGGUAGCGGCUUACAAGAGAAUAGAAGACUUUAAGUUUGUAGAUAGCAUCCCUAAAAGUCCUUCGGGGAAGAUACUGAGGAAGGUUCUGAAGGAGCAAUAUUGCUGCUAGGCGAAGAAUUGGUUGAUGCAGCGUGUAAUGGUUUUUUUUUUAUACGAAAAUGAAUCGAGGGUGACCUUCAGGGAAAUUAAUGAUGUACGAAUAAUUCAUAAUAUUCCAAAUGAUCGAUGGUGGUUGGUGGUGGUGGAGAAGAGGAAUCGCGCUUGAAGACUAAAUGGCUAACAAAAGCAGAUCAAAUUACUAUUUUUAAUAUAAAAUAUAUUUGUACGAUAAAUAAAUAUAUUAUAACAUGUGUACAGGAUGAGACAGGAUUGUUAAUUUCGUGAAAGAUAACUUUUGGAAGCUUUGUAAUAAAUAAUAAAUAAUAAAUAUUUUACUAACAAUCACGCCACGUUAACUGGUCCCGUGCUAAGUUCGUAAAGAACUUGUGUGACAGGUACCAGAUAACGGAAAUAAAUGUAAGAUUUUUAUUAUAUACAUACACAUAUUUAAUAUACGUCCAUAACCCUGGAAAAGACAUUUUUAUAUUUAUCAUACAAAUAUUUUCCCUUGGCGGGAUUCGAACCCACGACCCCCUUGUAUAGUGACCAUGUCACUUACCACUACACCAGACGGCCGUUUGUAAAGUGGCCUUUAAAGUUUUAGAAUGGUAUUGUUGUUGUUUGUGUCAUUUACUCCUCAAUCAGAUAUAAAAAUAAAGUUUCUGUGUGAUUAGUGCGAGUUUUUAACGUUCUCGCUAGAGUAAAAGUUAACACAAGUAUGGAGUUUGCCUAUGUUUGCCGCUAGGGGCGCUGUUUCAACUGCAUACUUUCGGUUGACUUUUACGCUAUCGAGAACUUUAAAUAACUCGCACUAAGAAGAAAAGUGCAUGUUAGUAAAGAAAAUUUGCGUUAGCUGCGUACCACGUACAUUACUAUUGGCGGGCGCGAUGGUUUCUUACAAACGAUGUAAAUUUUAAUCGACUUUGAAUAAUCAAAGGAGGAGGUUCUCGUUUCAUUGUUAUUUAAAUAUCUAGUAUUAUCUUCGGUUUUCGCGAAUCAAGAUAUAAUAAUAAUAAUAAUAACUCUUUAUUUAUAUAACACCUUAAUAUGUACACAGUAAAGUAAUAAAACAAAAGUCGGUAUAUAAAUCGGCGGCCUUAUCGCUGAAAGCGAUCUCUUCCAGGCAACCUUGCAGGGAGAGGAAUAAGUUAACUGGACGGUGCUAUAUCUUAAUAAACUUACAUAAAAAUAUAUACUUAAAUACACAUGUGAAAAAUAAAUACAAUAUAAGAUAAACUUACGUACGAUUAAAUACAAAUAAAUACUAAAAAUAUACAAGAUAAAAUACAAAAGAAGUAGGAACUUAUACAGUUAUAUCAUAGGAGCAAAGUAGUGCGAUUUCAAUCUGGACUUGAAAAUUUCCGGCGAGGACGAUUGUUAUUAUAGCUACUAAUAUAUUAUAGUUUAAUCUCUUAUGUAUGAUAUCCGGCACAUCGAAUACUUUAAGACCUAAAAAUUUUUCGAUUAUGUUUGUAUAUUGUGCCAACUAACUGUGCCAACUAUCAAUAAAUAUUUUUCUGUAAUACAUAUAUUGUAAUAUUAAUCAUAUUGAAGCAUUGGCUUUUAAUUAAAAUUUCCACACAUUUUAAAAGACUGGUUUAUACAAAGAACUUUCGAGUCAAGAUCUCUAUUAAGAUUUCAAUUGAUUGAUACACCGCGUGUAAUUAAUUAGUUUCCAAACGAUUCUUUUCCACCUGAUGGUUGUCUGGAAGAGAUCGCUCUUAGCGAUAAGACUGCCAAUUGUACUUUUUUUUGUAUUUAAUGUUUCGCAUUGUGUCUUUUGUUGGUGUACAAUAAAUAAUACUCUCUCUCUGUCCCUCUCACAGGGUUUUGUCGAAGACACCAUCGUUAAGAUCAUUGAGAAAUACAUGAUUAUUUUUUUACUAGUUGAUAUUUUACUCUUUAUCAAUAUAAUCAUUAAAAAAACUUGAAAAUGUUGUGCGUUGUUAAGCAACUGUUUAUCUUUAUAAUCUGAUUACACGAAUGAAACAGAUAUUAUAUUUACAUAAUUACAGUUUUGUUUCAUGUUUUUAUUUUAAAAAAUAAUAAUUAAUUAAAAUAUAUUUUUUAUUUAUUAUAUAA